AUGAUGCAGAAGCCGAUGAAAAAGGAAAUCGGGAUUGUUAUGACAGCGGCCAGACGUUGCCGGCAAACGGUUGCAAAAGGCCGAGGGCUUUAUUUGGACAACCCGGCCGCCAAACAGUACAAACAGUGGUUUCGGGUGCUCACAAUUAUCUGUUCGAGUAUUUUUGGUAAAAUGGGUUAUAAAAAACUGACUAGCAGAGAAGGUCCUUUUGACAAGAGGAUAAAAAACUUCUCGAAACUUGCUUGAACGCACUGUGAAGAUCUAGCCUAGAUGAAGAUCUUCAUCAUGUGAUAGGCAAAAUAUUCGUUGCGGAGAUUUGAAUUUUCCAAAUUAGACCUGAAAUACUUCUUAUCUUCCAGGGUAGCCUUCACCUAAACCUUCAGAGUGGAUUUUUUCCAAACUUCACUGUAAAGACCUCUUUGUAAGGCCUCAGCCAUUCUCUUUUCUGUCUUCCUUGACUGAAAAAAAUUUAGAAUAGAAGUGAAGUCAAGUUUAAAGUUCCAAAAUAAGCGUAAAGCUCCCAAAGGAGCCUUAUUUGAAAAACGAGCUUUCCUAGGGCAAAAAUAAUGAAAAAGGACCUUAAUUUAUUUUGAACACGUGAAAAAGAGGUCGACCAAGCCUUUCAUCCCUCCGGGGUAGAUAAAAUUGGGAGCUGUAUGCAGCGAAAAGGCUAGAUCUCUGCCAUCGGCCUUUGAAAAGCCGGCACCGUAACUCUUACGUAACUCGGCACCGUAACCUAAGACCUCUCUUGUGCCUGAUGUUCUACGAUUCACAACUUCUCUUUUUAAGCCACAGCUCCUGCCGUCGUUUAAAAACACAUUUAAACUAUUAAAUGUCGAUUGCACAUUUGUUCUUACAUUGAAGAUGCAAUAAACAGUUUAAAAAAACGUUAAAAGAAACAUGAGAAUUAUCCUAAAGACUCGAAAUUUGAGGCAAUCUCAUUGAGACGCCUUUUCCGUCAAAAGGAUGUAGGAAAAGCGGCAAAAAAAGUCAAGUAGAUGUUUGAAUCCCAAAGCAACGCAAAAAAAGUAUCCAAAUUAAUGGAACCUAAACUGAACUAAUUGAGGCCCACGAUUCGAACUCACGGAACAAUUCGAAUUGGGUGGCCGAAAAGGCGAAAGAACAACACCUGGUCGCUUCGACGACAAUCUUUUCCCUUUUCUUCGUGUCAUUUCACCUCAAUCGGUCAAUCGCAGAGGCCGUUGGGGGCAGAUCAGAGGCUGAGUACAGCCAAUGA